AAAGUGAACAAACUUCCUCGGAAAACACCUUGGUGGUCAACCGUCAUUCGCAGCCUGAAAGGCUUUGCACGCACCAUAAAACCGCUGCCAUGGACGACUUUCAUUGUAGAUUGAGUGCUUUGGGGAGGUUCCUGUCGAUCUCAAGUGCUUGUUGUACACGGUACGGUCGUUUGGGGUGUUCAUCGUUCAUUUCACCACUCUUCAUUCCACGGAUCGACAACGAAAAUGGCAUUUGUGCGGAACAACUCGGCGGGAACGCCGCACGUGCACGAUUUCAACGCCGGCGUCAGAUCGGGCACGGAUAGUGAUGAAGACCAGAAGGACUUCGUGUCGCCUGAUGAGGAAAAGAGAUCGGAUCCCUUUGCACCAACCGACAAUGAAUUGGUCAAAGAUGGACUCGACUCUGACAUGCGUCGCACGUCCAUUGCCGAACACAGUGUCGACGACGUGGGCGCCGAUCUCUAUCUCGAAGCCGAGCAAAUGGGUCUGCCACGACUCGAGCAGCUGAACAAUCGCGUCAGGUGGAAGCUCGAUUUGAUCAUCAUGCCAAUCGUCGCUUCUACGCAUGCACUGCAAUUCCUCAACAAGUCGAGUCCCAACUUCGUCGCUGCGCUGGGCAUCAUUCCCGAACUCGGCCUGGGGCACGGUAGAUAUGCAUGGGUUGCCGCCAUCUUCAACUUUGGCUUCGUCGCCUGGUCUUUCCCAACGAAUCUGAUCAUUCAACGCGUUCCAAUCGCCAAAUACACAGGUUCCGUGGUUCUCGUGUGGGCAUUGCUUCAGAUGUGCGCGGCCGCAACGGAGAAUUACGGCGGGAUCCUGGCUGUACGAUUCAUUCUGGGCAUGUUUGAAGCAGCCAUCGCCCCUAGCGCCAUGAACAUCGUUGCCCUCUGGUACCCCCGCAACGAAGCCCCGUUCCGUCUCUGCCUAGUCCUCGGCUGCAACGGCGGCGCUUGGGUCAUCGCGUCGCUCCUGUCAUACGGCGUGGGACACGCGACACACGCCGCCGUCCACCCAUGGCAGCUCUACUUCCUCGUGUGCGGUUGCCUCAACUUCCUCAUCGGCAUCAUCUUCCUCAUCUUUGUCCCCGACACGCCGCACAACGCCUGGUGGCUGACGCGCGAAGAGAAGGUGUGCGCUGUGUGGCGCACCUCGAAGAACAUGGUCGGCCUCAAGACGAAGAAGUUCAAGAAGGACCAAGCGCUUGAAGCCGUGCUCGACUUCAAAGUCUGGUGCACGUGGAUCAUGGCUGCCGCGAUUGGCAUCAUCAUCGGCGGCGUCAUCAACUUCAUGUCGGCGCUGGUGGAAAGCUUUGGAUACAGCGACAUCAAGAGCACCAUUCUGCAGCUGCCGAUCGGUGCAAUUGCCUUUGUCGUCGUACCCCUUGCUGGUCUCUUUGCGACUUUUGUUCCCAACACGCGCUGUCUCACCAUUAUCCUCUUGUGUCUGCCUCCACUGGGCGGCUUGAUUGGUAUUCGCGUGCUGCCCAUUCCGCACCAUCACUUCGAUCUGCUCGGCUGCGCAUGGCUGCAACUGUUGGUCCUGGGCCUGAUCUGCCUGAACUGGAUCGUGAUGACAGCCAACAUCGGCGGCCAUACAAAACGCACGGUAGCAAACGGCGUGUGGUUCGUAAUCUUCGGAGCAGGCAACAUCGGCGGCACACACGUGAGACCACCUCUACACACACAUACACAAUCCCCUCCAUCACCAGCUAACCCAGAUCACCAGAUCUUCCUCGCAAACCAAGCACCACAGUACUUCACAGCCAUCACGGUGCUCUACAUCUGCUACGCCAUCAUCAUCGUGACCGCAGCCAGCCUGUGGCUCCACAUGGUCAUUGAGAACCGCCGCAGGGAGCGCAAGAUGCUCGCUGCUGGCAAGACGUUCGACGAGACGGAGCGGGAGGCUGUUGUGCAUGGCUUCAAGGACGAGACGGACAAGACGAAUCAGGGUUUCCGGUAUGCUUAUUAGGUGGCGCAAGGCGGGACUUCGUUCGGUCGGAUUGGGGGAAUGGUGUGCAUUUGUGAGAAGUUUGGCGUUGGGAAGGAGGAUGAAUAGAGGUUGGGCCACGCGUUGGGGACUGUCGUUAACGUCUAU